AACAAUGCAGUGGGAUCUAUUUUUUUGAAAAACAAAGUUUAGUUAUUUCUUGUAUAAUUGUCAUAAUAUGUAAUAUAUUGAGAGUAAUUUAGUUAAAAUUGAUACCUAAAGUUUAAUUACAAUGUGUUCUUCGUACUAUUUAUUGUAGUAAUACCUUUAUUCUUAGUGUGUAUAACCGAUCUCAAGAUGACCACUCAAGACGUUAAAUGGAUAGAAAAACUUCGAAUAGAAAAUUUGGAUCAAUACUUUACUUUAGUGCGGAUGCAUCUAUCGUUCGUUGUUGAUAUAAAUACUGACGAUGUUGAUUGUUCAACUGAUAAACCAAAGCAAUUCCGAUGGAAUUUCCACAAGAAGACUAAAAAUAGCACAUCAAAUUCUAGUCAAAGCAUCUCAAAUACUACAAAGAAUAAUUUAGAAGCUAAUUCUAUUACUGAAGAAGGUAUCUUAAGAUUAAACGAGUUGAUAGACUUUCUAGCAAAAUCUGAAAAUGUAACACAAGAAGGUAUUUUCCGGAGAACAGGAUCAUUAAGUCGACAACAAGAGUUGCGUCAGCUUUUAGUAACAGGGUCCAAUUUAGGGCUUGAAGAUGGCAAGUUCUCAGUUCAUGAUUGUGCUUCAGUUCUUAAGGGGUUCUUAGCGGAAUUACCACAGCCUUUACUAAUGGAUCAGUAUUACCAAACUUAUUGUACUUUAGCAGGUGAGAAAUUCUUUAUCAACUAA